AUGUCUUCAAGAACGUUCUACCCGCAGACCCCCGUCGAGUUCAGCUCCAGUCUCAUCUCGUCUCUGGACAGUUCUGUCGAGACAAACUUCUCUAGACAGCAAGUUUCGGCCCAGGUUGUUGAAAAAGAGGUCAACAAGAAGCUCAAGUCGCUGGAAAACAACAAGCUCGCCAAACUCGACGCAAAGCUCUCGUCGCUUCUUUUGCCAGCCAAGGACGACGGUGCUAGCGUCGCGUCCGUGAACGAGCAGCUGACAAAGGCGGCCGACGGCCUGAAAAAGCUCAACGACGCCAAACCGGUCAAAUCCGCGUCACUCGUCCAGGCAGAAACGGCCGUCGCUAAUUGCAUCAAAGCCAACAAGGACAAACCUCUCAAUUGCUGGGACGAGGUCGAGAAGUUCAAAAAACUCGCCAAACACUAA